GUGUCCAAAAUCGCGUCAUUGCAGCUGAGUUCUGAGCAGAUAGUGUUUUAUAAAUGAAGUUCCGGAUAUUUUCCUUUGUGAACUGCACCAUGUUAACAUAGCUUAGCCUCCUGUUUGUAGUGAGCUACAUGUUAGCAUGGACAGCUCCUGUCAGCAGCAGGAGGAGAGGGAAACGUUGUUCUGGGUCAGGUUAGAGGACAGGUUGCUGCAUUACUGUUAAAUCAUCUACGUUAGUCUAAAGUAUGAUUCCUUUUUUAGCUCAUUUCCACAACAUUUAUUAAAGUAACAGCUUUGUGUGUUUUUAUUUAGUUUUUGCUUCUGUAACAGUGCAAUCACUUCAUUUACAGCUCUAUUGAUUCAUUCCCUACUGUUAUGCAUUUACCGGUCCUUUGAUUGUGCUGCUCAGCUCUCAAUCAGAGGAAUAUUGAUCUCCAAACUGGUACAGAGUCUCUUCUUCGAUUUCAAUGCCAUUUUAGUGAAUGAACACCUGAAGAGGUGCUGGAAGUCGUAGCCUUAUAUAGAGUAAUCUGGACAGUAACUAUCCAGGUUUUCAUUUCUCUGCAUCAGGUUUGUGAGGAUACUUUAUGAUCAUUUAGUGAAGUUAAGAACAUUUGUGGAAUCUGACGUGGUGCACUCAAAGGAGCCAACGAUUGUAGAAAAGUGUCCGUAUGGCGCAGCAGACUCCAGGACGGCGCUGCAUACGAGCGUUCAUCAGUGGGUUCUUCGUUGCCGUUCCUGUCACAGUUACUGUCCUGGAUAAACUGGCCUAUGUGGCUCGAGUUGAAGGCGCUUCAAUGCAGCCAUUCCUUAACCCAGACGUUGGGGGCCAGUGUGAUGUUGUCCUGCUGAAUCGCUGGAGUGUGAGAAACUACCAGGUUCAAAGAGGCGACAUUGUAUCUGUUGUAUCACCAAAAAAUCCAAAGCAGAAGAUCAUUAAGCGUGUUAUUGGCCUAGAAGGAGACUUCAUCAGGACCCUGGGGUACAAGAACCAAUAUGUUCGGGUCCCUGAUGGUCAUUUCUGGAUUGAGGGGGAUCAUCGUGGACACAGUCUGGACAGCAACAGCUUUGGCCCGGUGUCAGUUGGGCUUCUACAUGGCAGAGCUUCCCACAUCAUCUGGCCCCCAAAUCGCUGGCAGCGCAUAAAACCAUCUCUACCCCCAAACAGAGAACCUCUGAAUGCUGAAGAAGAAGAUGAAUAAAAAAACAACUUGUAUAUGUGAACUGUUUAUAAUAAAACUUAUAACUAUUUUUUUUCCUUUGAUCAU